AUGCUUCAACUUGUCGGUCUUGGAUUGGCCGACGAGACGGAUGUCACUGUCAAAGGUCUAGAGCUGAUAAAGAAAGCUAAAACGGUCUAUCUUGAGGCUUAUACGAGUAUACUUCUUGUGGACUCAACCAAGCUCGAAGCCUACUAUGGCCGCCCAGUCGUCCUUGCAGACCGGGAACUGGUGGAGUCUGGCAGUGAUGAAAUUUUAGCAGACGCAAAAGACUCAGAUGUUGUCUUUCUGGUCGUUGGAGAUCCUUUUGGAGCUACAACCCACAGCGAUCUUGUCCUCCGCGCAAGAGAGCUCAGCAUUCCCAUUCAAACGGUCCACAAUGCCUCAGUCAUGUCUGCUAUCGGUGCAACAGGUCUUCAACUCUACAACUUUGGUCAAGCAGUGAGUAUGGUCUUCUUCACAGAAAGUUGGAAGCCAUCCUCAUUCUACGAUCGAUUAAAAGAAAAUCAUACGAUCGGGCUACACACGCUGAUGUUGCUAGACAUCAAGGUCAAAGAGCAAUCAAUGGAGAACCUCGCAAGAGGCAGAAAGAUAUAUGAGCCUCCAAGAUACAUGACUGUGGCACAAUGCGCAAGUCAAAUGCUAGAAAUAGAAGAGACAAGAGGGGACGGAAUUUGUGCUGCUAGCAAGCUCGCUGUGGGCGUCGCCAGGCUUGGAGCCACGAACCAAAGAUUUCUGGCUGGCACAUUGGAGCAAUUGAGCGAAUCUGAUCUAGGCGCACCUCUACAUAGCUUGAUCCUAAUUGGAAGGCGAACUCAUUACCUGGAACGAGAUUACCUGAAGGAGUUCGCUGUGGAUGAUCUAUUCGAAAGGAUCUGGAAUGAAGAUUACGAAGAUAAGAAGUGA